AUGGGCACUUCUUCGGGACCGUCAGCAACAGUUGGUCUGAUCAGAACAGAAGACGAGAUGGCGAUUAUCACAAAUGUGAUGAGUAACAAAGUCCAAUCUGGACACGGAGGUUCUCCCUCAGUUAUUGCCGGUAAGCAUGACCAAAACUGCACCGCAAAACACGUUGGUGGUCCAGCGUCGUCUGCUCUGAUCGAAAUAGGAGACAACAUGGCGAUUAUCACAAAUGUGAUGAGGAUCAGUCUCGUGAACUUCAUGUCUUGA